CAAGAGAAGGUAUUAUUUCCUGACGAUGAAGGUUGCGAUCGUUUUACUUUGUUUAGUUUGUGUUUGCUACUCCGGGGGAGGGAAGAGUAUCAAGGAUGGGUUUAUGAGUUUGGGAGGGGAACUUGGUGAACUCUCCAAUAGGGUUGAGGCUCUAGAGAAGAAUAAAGUUGAACAAGCUAAACUCACACAAGCGAGAUGGCACCUUGGAAUGAACAUAAACCCAGCAGAUGGGCACAUAUUUGGCUAUAUUGUAGGCUGGGCGACCGGUCACAAUAUUGGAAGUGACGAAAAAGCUUUGGAAGCGGAUUUUCUCAGCGCUGAAGUCUGGGAGGAACCGGCUAAUCAUAUCGCCAUAGUUCGACACCAGGGUGGCAUUGUGGACGCAGUCAAGGUCUGGCAGUUCAAAUACUGGGGCAAAUCCCUUCUUCACAGGUUUGGACGGAAGAAGAUGAACCCUGGCAGACAAAUUGUAACCGAAGGAGGUCCAAUCCAAGAAUCAAUCGCUGAGGACGCUGAAAACUUAGAAGACGAUCCCAUCUUCUCCGUAGGUGGAGACCUAGCUUUCAACUGGGCAUACGGCAACAAUGGCUGCAGAAUAGCUUUAACAGAAGGACACCUAUCCGGAGCUAAUGAAAAUGACGAUAACACACACGGACUGGGAAACGACUACAGGUGUAAUCCGUUAGACAACACCAGAAUAGGAAGUCUGUGGCCCCAUGAUGUGUCCAAUAUCCAGGAUUGCCCGUUAGGGAGCUGCCAUCACGUCAGACUGCAAGGUACGGACCACGGAUCAGGAUCCAGUCUGAUGUCUGGCCCGGUGUAUGGGAGUUAUGCUAUUUAUGUGUCAAUGGAUGCGCACAAGUUCCCGGAACCUGGUCAACAGCUCGCACAGGAGAUCAAAGUGUAAAUCAGAUGUAAAGUAAGCAAGUCACAAUCUUUAAAGCCUUCUUUUGGCGACAAGACAUUAUUCCUUGAAAUAGCAUGUAUUUUGGACUUUGUCGACUAUUUACCAUAUAUUAUUGAUCAUUAAAACUGUAUAAUUUUGAAAUAAAAUGAAUGCUAACUACCAAAAAUUGA